AUGACCUUUGAUUACACAGAGAUAACUUGCGAUAAACAUGACAGUAAACUGGAGGUGAAAAAUGGCGCAGUUUCUUGUAAUGCUUACACAUAUGAAUCGCAAUGCCACGCAGAAUGUAAACAGGGGUACACAUUGUCACCAGGAAUCAACAGUGUCACUUGCCAAGCUGACAAGUCCUGGUCAUCAAAAUUACCUGACUGUAAAGAAAUAUCUUGUGGAUGGCCAAUUCUUCCAGAUCGGUACAUGAAUGUAGACUGCCCCAAUGGUUUAUCUUCUGGAGUGGAAUGCCAUAUUAACUGUGGAAAUUUUAAAGUGGUAGGAAAUACAACCAUACAUUGCGAGAGAAAAGGCCAGACAACGGUGAGAGGUGAAUGGAAUUACGGUCAAAAGAAGCCAUACUGUAAAAAGAAUCCCUGUGAACCUCUCCCAGCGCCAACCAAUGGUGCCAUUGCCUGUGAUGCCUGGAUAUACGGUUUAUUUUGUCAAAUGCAAUGCAUGGAUGGGUACGAUAUCCCACAUGGAGCUGUUGGCACAGGGGGGAAGGCGUUUUCUGGUCGAUACGUCUGUUCAGAAACAAAGGGAACAUUUAUUCCCUCCAAUAUUGUUCCAAAUUGCACAGUUAAACGACUUCCGUCUGAAUCAAAAACUUUGAUGAAUUUCUAUUACUACACUGGAGACUGCAACAACAUAACAGUGCAGGAGGAGAUAAGAACAAAUUUUAUCACAAAUAUAAGGGAUAUGCAAGAUAAUGGAGGUUUUGAUGGAAUAUGCCCCAAUGAAAUUUCUUGCAAUAUCGCUAAUGUUUCUGUUUCAUGUGGUGAAAUUUCAAGUCGAAGAAGGAGAGUGCUAAGAACGGCAGCUUUGAUAUAG